AUGGCCAUUCCCAGCACUUUCUGCAACUCACCAACUCCAACUUGUAUUUUCUUCUUCUUCUUCUUUGUCUUUCUUCUUUUUCCUUUUGCAGGUUCAAUUCAAUUCCAAAUAUCUCGCUUCGAUUCUAACCAAGAAAACAUAUUGUACCAAGGAGAUGCAGCGCCUUCAGUUGGAGCCGUAGAGCUAAACAACAAGUACAACUACCUAUGCCGAGUUGGUUGGGCCACCUAUGCCGAGAGCGUGCCUCUUUGGGACUCAGAAACCGGAAAGCUAGCCGACUUCACAACCCAUUUCUCCUUCACCAUCAACACCCUGGGUGUUCCCCGCUAUGGCCAUGGCUUUUCAUUUUUCCUUGCUCCUGUUGGGUUUCAAAUCCCUCCGAACUCCGCGGGUGGGUUUUUAGGCCUAUUCAAUACCACCACAAGUGAUUCGUUACAAAAUCAGAUUGUCCUGGUUGAGUUCGACACGUUUUCGAAUCCUGAAUGGGAUCCUCCGGUCGAGCACGUCGGGAUCAACGAAAAUUCUAUUUCUUCUGCCAUCUACACUCCUUGGAAUGUUAGCUUGCAUAGCGGAGAUAACAUCGAUGCAUGGAUUGUCUACGACGCGGCCGCGAAGAAUUUGAGUGUCCAUUGGGAGUUCCAAAAUACCUCAAAUUCAAAAGAGAAUACCAGUCUAGCAUAUCAAAUCGAUUUGAAGACAGUUCUUCCGCAAUGGGUCACAAUUGGAUUUUCAGGAGCUACUGGUCAGUAUGGAGAGAGACAUGUGCUUAAUUCAUGGGAACUCAACUCAAAUCUGGAUAUAAAAAGAGGCGAUGGAAACAAAGCUAGAAGAAGGAGAUUGAUAUUGGGUCUCACAAUUUCGGGCGGUGUUUUCAUUCUUGGGAUGAUUUUAGCACUUUCGAUGCUGUUUUUACGGCGGAGUAAGCAAAAAAAGAAGAGAGUAACUGAGCAGGCAGAGACAGUAAAUUUAACAUCAAUCAAUGAUGACCUGGAAAGAGGAGCAGGACCGAGAAGGUUUUCUUAUGUUGAUCUUGCUUCGGCAACCAACAGCUUCUCAGACGAAAGGAAACUCGGUGAAGGAGGGUUUGGAGCGGUUUACAAAGGCUAUCUAAUUGAUUUAGAUAUUACAGUAGCUGUGAAGAAAAUCUCAAGGGGUUCAAAGCAAGGAAGAAAGGAGUACAUAACAGAGGUGAAGGUCAUCAGCAGCUUAAGACACCGAAAUUUGGUGCAGCUCAUCGGGUGGUGCCACGACAAAGGUGAGUUCCUUCUUGUCUACGAGUUCAUGCCAAAUGGUAGCCUCGAUGCCCACCUCUUUGGUAAGAGGAAGCCUCUUACUUGGGCUGUAAGGUACAAGAUAUCUCUUGGGAUUGCAUCAGCAUUGCUCUAUCUUCACGAAGAGUGGGAGCAAUGUGUUGUGCAUCGAGAUAUCAAAUCGAGCAAUGUCAUGUUAGAUUCCAAUUUCAAUGUCAAACUUGGAGAUUUUGGAUUAGCAAGGUUAAUGGACCAUGAGCUAGGUCCCCAAACAACAGGAUUGGCUGGAACAUUAGGCUACUUGGCUCCAGAGUAUAUAAGCACAGGACGGGCUAGUAAGGAAUCUGACGUGUAUAGCUUUGGGGUGGUUUGCUUGGAAAUAGCUACAGGAAGAAAGUCCGUGGAUCCUAUGGAUAAGAAUUGUCAGAUGGGAUUGGUAGAGUGGAUUUGGGAUCUUUAUGGGAAAGGAAACCUUGUUUUGGGUGUGGAUGGGAGAAUCCAAAGUGAUAUGGACAAGAAACAAGUAGAGUGUUUGAUGAUUGUGGGGUUGUGGUGCGCUCAUCCUGACCGAAGCUUAAGACCUUCAAUUAGGCAAGCAAUUCAUGUGCUUAACUUUGAGGCAACCUAUCCAAAUCUUCCAUCAAAAAUGCCUGUUCCUCUGUUUCAUGUGCCGUCACCCUCAGUCAGCUCCGGUGAACCCUCGAUAACAACAAGCAUCGCUGUGGGUCGUUAA